AUGGCGCCAAAAGCCAGCACGAGGUUAGACUCGGUUUCGCCCGGGUUUGAGGAGAUGGAAGAUGCGCCACGGUUUCAAAGGGUCUACUGGACAAAAGAGCCGCACCUGAGGAAGCUUUACUGCUUGAGCACCAUCCUCAUGGUGGCAUCAGCGACGACCGGGUACGACGGGAUGCUUGUCAACACCUCGCAGCAGAUCGAUUUGUGGAAAUGGUUCUUCUUCCCCGAGCUCAAAGACGACCCGCAUCUCUCGAACCCCGUGCUCGACAGCAAGCUCGGCAUCCUCGUAAACAUGUUCAACAUCGGAUCCAUCACGUCGUUCUUCAUUACGCCCUACGUGGCCGACCACUACGGCCGGAGGCCAGCCAUCGUCCUCGGCUGUCUCUUCAUGAUCAUGGGCGGGUUACUGACCGCGUUUUGCAAUGGAUACGGGAUGUACAUGGGCGGCCGCUACCUGCUGGGGUUCGGUAACUCGCUGGCGCAGAUGGCAUCGCCGCUUCUCCUGACCGAGAUUUGCCAUCCACAACAUCGUGGCCCCGUCACGGCCAUCUACAACUGCCUGUGGAACGCGGGCGCACUGCUCGUGUCGUGCAUCGCGUGGGGCACCGCCAACAUCAACAACGACUGGUCUUGGCGCUCCAUCACGCUCCUCCAGAUUGUCCCAUCGCUCGUCCAGCUGUGCGGCAUCUGGUGGAUUCCCGAGUCGCCUCGUUACCUGAUCGACAAGGGCCGCAACGAGGAGGCGCUGCUUAUCCUGUCCAAAUGGCAUGGCGGGGGCAACCUCAACAACGCCACGGUGCAGUUCGAGUUCCGCGAGAUCAAGGAGACGAUUCGCAUCCAGAAGGAGACGGAGCGUGCGACUAGUUAUCGGGAUUUCUUCGCCACCCGCGGUAACCGGUGGCGUCUCGCCAUCAUCGUGUCGCUGGGCGUCAUUUCGCAGUACAGCGGCAAUGCCCUCUUCUCGAACUACAUGGACACGAUCUACCUGGGCGCUGGCAUCAGGGCACAGAACCAGAAGCUCGCCAUGUCGACGGGGAAGACGAUUCUUGACCUCAUCGUCACCAUCACGGCGGCGCUCAACGUCGACCGCUUCGGCCGCCGGCCGCUGUUCCUCGUCUCUAUGUUCGGUAUGGUAAUUUCCUUCGCAUGCUGGACCGUGACCGGUGCUGUCUACGAGAAUUCGGGCGAGCAGAACGUCGGCUCGGGCCACGCGCAGCUCGUCUUCAUCUGGAUAUUCGGCAUCUUCUACGACAUUGGCUUCUCGGGCCUGUUAGUCGCCUACGCGCUGGAGGUCUUACCCUUCCACCUCCGCGCCAAGGGCAUGAUGAUCAUGAACAUCACGGUACAGGCUAUCCUCGCCCUCAGCAAUCAAACCAACAAGCUUGCGUGGGCGCGGAUGCCAAACCACUGGAACUUCAUGCUCUUCUACACUCUUUGGGACUUGUGCGAGCUGGUGUUUGUCUGGUUCUUCUACGUCGAGACAAGGGGUCCGACUCUGGAGGAAAUAGCACGCAUCUUCGACGGCGAUGGAGCAAUCGCACACAUCGACAUGCACGAAGUACGCAAGGACAUCUACCAGGCCGAGCACGACGAGGACAACCUGCCGGGAAGGGCUCUUUGA